AUGCCUCGUCGGUCGACAAGGCUCUCAUUGGGCGAAAGACCAGCUACUGAGGUGGAUACUAAGAGGAAACGACUUUCUGCGGGGUCUACAAUGAAAAGUACCGCCAAAAAGAGCAAGUAUUUCGAAGGCUCUGGUACCGAUGAAUCAGCCAGUGACGUUGACGGCGAUUCCGGCUCCUCCUAUGAGGAAGAAGAAGCAGCUCACGAGGAUGAAGAUUCAGUCGAUGAGGAAGAAGCCUUCGAGGAUGAAUACGAAGAAGAAAAACCAAAGAAAAAAGGGCGCGGACGUCUGUCAAGUAGCGCAAAGACAAAGCAGCAAGAUUCGGGUAAUGAUGCGGAAGACUCACCUGUCGAAAAGAUGGCCAAAGGGAAAGAGUUAUGGCGGGAAGGAGKCAAGACAGGACUAGGUCCGGGAAAGGAGGUCUUUAUUAAGAAACCGAAAGCACGAGACCUGGGCGGCAUAGACUAUAAGGACGAUACAAUUCACCCGAAUACUAUGCUCUUUUUGAAAGAUCUCAAGGAGAACAACGAGCGACAGUGGUUAAAAGCACACGAUGCCGAUUAUCGAGCUUCCAAAAAAGAUUGGGACACAUUCGUCGAGACUCUGACCGAGAAAAUCGUCGAGAAAGACGAAACAAUUCCGGAAUUGCCUGCCAAAGAUUUGGUUAGCCCUGUCCGUCCGUUUGGCUAUAGUCCAUCAGAUCCUAACGAUCGUCAGGUUUUCCGCAUCCAUAGGGAUGUCAGAUUCAGUAAUGAUCCCACUCCCUAUAAGACUCAUUUUUCUGCUGCGUGGAGUCGUACGGGACGCAAGGGACCGUAUGCAGCGUAUUAUGUUCACCUCCAACCCGGCCAUUGCUUUAUAGGUGCCGGGUUAUGGAUGCCAGAGGGAAGCAAACUAGCUCUUCUUCGAAGGGACGUCGAUCGGAAUUCCACGCGACUUAAAUCGGUUCUGAGGAACGCAGACCUCAGAAGAGAGUUUUUCAAGGGCAUACCUGAUGAUGAGCGCAAAGCUGUAAAAGCUUUUAUUAGCCACAAUCAGGAGAGUGCCCUCAAAACCAAACCCAAGGUGAGCUAG